GCCUCUAUUCCAGCAAAUUAACUGUGGUUAAUAUUGGCAUCUAUUCCGUUUCACCCCUUCCGCUCGCAGAUAUUCCGGUGGCUAUUCCGACUCCCAUCCACUUAUCGGAACAGAAAACUCUCCGAUCUUUGCAGUUGAGAAGAAUUUGGAUCUCGUACAGGAUUGUAAGACAUUGAUUAUUGAGAAAAAUAUGGUUCACCACUCUAGCUUUGUGGAUGAGGAAGGAAUAAGCAAGGCUUGUGGAUGCCCUUUAUUUCCUUUGAAAAGUCAUGGUCCUGCUCCAGAUUCAGAUCAAGAUAAGACUGAUAUUGUUGAUGAAGCGAUUUCAUUCUUUCGUGCUAAUGUCUUCUUUAGAAAUUUUGAUAUUAAGAGUCCUGCUGAUAAGCUUCUCAUCUACUUAACAUUCCACAUCAAUGUGGCUUUGAAGAGGCUUGAAGGUUGCAGAACUUUGACUGUUGGAAACAAGGCUAUAAUUAACUUGGGUUUGGAGAAUGUCCCUGUGCCCGGAGAGCAGGGCUUUCCCUUUCCUGGUCUCUUCCCUAUUCCCAAAUCUAAUGGGGAAGCAGAGCUAUUCAGAGAUUAUUUGAAGGAGAUAAGAGAAGAAACAAGUGGGAGACUCUUGAGUGUUGCCUAUAGAGCAAAUGGAACUCCAAAUAAAUGGUGGUUAGCAUUUGCAAAGAGGAAGUUUAUGAACAUCGUCACUCCUUGAUUAAAUUGCUUCCAAGACGUUGAUUUGAAAGUUAUAAAUAAGCACCACAUGAGGCUUCUACAAUGAUGUGGUUUCUUUCAAUGGCACUUCAGGAGUUCUUGUAUCACGUGUGCAUGGAGUGCCGGUUUAGAACGACUUUCAAAGUGCUUCAAAAUACGUCCGAAGUCAUUCCAAAGAGGUUCACAUGAUGGAGGGACCUCAAGUUUGAAGCAGCUGGAGCUUAGGGAGAGAAGGAAAGCAUAUUCAAAGUUCAUUCAGGCUUUGCUUCUAUGAGUAUGUCUCUGUGUUGUCUGGUAAAGUCAUUAAGCAUUUCAUUUAUUGUCGUCCACAGAAGCAGACAGCAAGUACAAAAUCAUGAACCAUUGGGCAGAAUCAUGGUAGAUGCUUCCUCCCCCUCUAUGAUUGGUCAUUUUCUUUAUACAUAUUUAUAUAUAUAUAUCUAAAAGGGCCCUUCUUUUAA